AUGCUUCUUAUUUUUUUUCAAUAACUAUAAUGCUGCUUCUUGCUCUAAUUAUAAUUUGUUUAAGAUGACAGAGCAAAAUGCUUAGAUGGUACAUUAGGAGUAAUUAUUGAAAAUUAGUUAUAGUCUUAUUACUUUCAAUAAGGUUUUGAAGAAGGUUAGAAUAAAUUUAUUAUUUAUUUUGAGGGAGGAGAGUAAGUAUGCUUUAUAAUGCAAGGUUUAUUUUAGGAAAUACUGAAGAAUAAUUUUUAAUCAAUGCUGUUGAAAAGUAAAAAUAUGAAUUUAAUUAAGGAUGUAAACCUAACAGGGAAGUUCAUUAAAUAGAGCUAGUGCUUUUGAGUUUGAUGGUAUAUUAUCUUAGGACAAAUUAAAAAAUUACUAUUUCCAUAAUUGGAAUCUAAUUCACAUAAAUUAUUGUGAUGGAGGUGGUAUUAAUAAAUUAUUAUUAUUUUAGGCUUUUAAGGUUAUAAAAGUGAUUAAGUUAAUUACUAAUCAAAUUUAUUAUAUUUUAGAGGUGAAUUAAUAAUAAGAAGCAUUUUUGACCAUUUUAUAACAAAAUUUUAAAAAGCUGAAAUAAUAAUAUUAUCUGGUUGUUCCAUUGGAGGAAUAGCAGCAUUAUAAUGGGAAUAGUAUCUUACUUCAUUGGUUCCAGACAAUAUCUCAAUAUUAUGUGUUUCUGACUCAAGCAUAUUAUUUGAUAUGCAAUCAAUAAAUGGAUCAAAUUUAUUGUAAUAAUCCUUAAAGAUUAUGAAUUACAUUGCUAAUAAUGAAACCUUAGUUCCUCAAAAGAAUUGUGCAUACAAUUUUCCUAAUCAGAAUUGGAAAUGUUUUUAUUUCUAAAAUUUAAUGCAAUAUAUUAAACAACCAGUAUUUAUUAUCUAGCCCUUUUAUGAUAUAAGUUUUCUAUACAACUAUCUCAAUAUAAAAUGUAUAAAAGACUUAACACUUAAAAAUUGUUAGAAAAAUGAAAAGGAUUUUAUUGAUCUUGUUUUCUCAACAUAUCGUCAACUUAUAAAUGAAUUUUUGAUUAAUAAUUCUAAUACAGGGUCUUUUGCUCCUAGCUGUAUAUCAGAUUGGUAUUCCAUUAAUUAAAACUAGUUUAUUUUUAAGUUAGUUAUCAUUUUCUUCUAAUUGGACAAUUCCUGAAGGUUCAAAUAGAACAGUUUAUCAAACUUUAGUCUAAUGGGUAGAAAAACAAAAAUAGAAUUCUAUUUGUAAUAAUGAAUUUGGUUUGAUGGAUAAAGUACCAUGGCCAAUGAAUUCCGCUUGUGCUCAAUUAUCAUCUUUAAUAAACUUAAUUAAAUUGAUAAAUAUGAUUUUAUUGAUAAUUAUUAUUUUAUUAUGA